CCCUUGUCUUAUCCACACUCACGAAGUCCAUCUCUCUCUCUCUCUCUCUCUCUCUCUCUACACCUCCGAGCUCUCUCCCAUGGCGUCGUCCUCCUCCCUUCGCCCUCCUCUCAUCUCCUCUCGCUCCCUCUCCUCCCCUUCUCUCCCCUCCUUCUUCUUCCACCCCUCCCGCUCCCGCUCCCUUCUCUUCCCCAAGCCCCUGCUGUGUCUCUCCUUUCCUUCGUCGCCCUCGCCCUCGCCCUCUUCCUCCUCGUCGUCGUCCUUGCGGACGCAUCGCGUCUCCACCGCCCCCGUCGAGCAGGCGCCGGCCCCCGAGUUCGGGUUCGGCGAUGAGAUCGCGCGCCUCGGCGCGCUCCGCUCGCAGCUCCGAGGCGCGAGGAGCCUCGAUGAGAAGCUCCGCGUUCUAGACGCCGAUUCUAGGGUUGGGGACUUCUUCGGGAACGGUAAUGGCGGGGUGUUGGGCGAGUUGGAAGCGUUAGAGGUUUACUUGCUCAAGUGCUUGGUUGCGGCGGGGCAAGGGCACGUGCUUGGUUCGGAGUUGGAUUGGGGCGGCGGAGGUGGAGGGGGGGAUAGGGUAGAGGGGAGUGCGUUGAGGAGUGCGUUGUAUACUCUGGCUGAUUUGGUUGAGAAGUGGAGCUUGCAUGGGCAUGCGAGUGGGAUUGUUGAUGAUGGAGUUGGUGGUUUGGGCGUUGGAGAGAUGGAGCUGCUGAGGAAGCUGCUUAAAAUUCUGGGUGAGAUUGAGCAGUUCUAUGAUUGCAUUGGAGGGAUAAUUGGCUAUCAAAUUAUGGUAUUAGAGCUUCUUUCCCCUCUGAAAGCUCAAACUCUUCAGUCAAGGACAAGCGAGUUCGUGGAGCUGCAUGUUCCUAGUGGACUUAAUCUUAUGGAGGAUGCAGAAUAUGCAUCUCAAGCAGCUCUAUGGGGAAUUGAGGGUUUGCCAGAACUCGGUGAAAUUUAUCCCCUUGGUGGUGCCGGAGACCGUCUGGGUUUAGUCGAUCCAGUCACAGGUGAAUGCCUUCCUGCUGCAUUGCUUCCUUAUUGUGGAAGAACUUUAUUGGAAGGCCUAAUAAGAGAUCUCCAGGCCAGAGAGUUCCUUUACUUCAAGAUUUAUGGGAGGCAAACUAUUACACCUGUCGCAAUCAUGACAAGCUCAGUGAAGAACAACCAUGAGCAUGUAACUGCUCUUUGUGAAAGAUUAAACUGGUUUGGGAGAGGACGACAAAAUUUUGAAUUUUUUGAGCAGCCUUUGGUCCCAGUUGUGGCUGCCAAAGAUGGCAAGUGGUUGAUUAGCAGAUCACUUUUUCCAGUAUGCAAACCUGGUGGUCAUGGCGCAGUUUGGAAGCUUGCAUAUGACAAAGGCAUAUUCCAAUGGUUCUAUCGUUAUGGAAGAAAAGGUGCAACUGUGCGGCAAGUCAGUAAUGUUGUUGCUGCAACUGAUUUGACUCUGUUGGCACUGGCUGGACUAGGUCUGCGCCACAAUAAGAAAUUAGGAUUUGCAUCCUGUGAGCGGAAUGUUGGAGCCACAGAAGGCAUAAAUGUUCUUGUUGAAAAACAAAACCUUGAGGGGCAGUGGGCAUAUGGUAUCACAUGCAUCGAGUACACUGAGUUCGAGAAAUAUGGCAUUAUUGACACUGCUGUUUCUCUUGGCAGCUUGCAGGCAGAUUUUCCGGCAAAUACAAAUAUCCUUUAUGUUGAUUUGCGAGCUGCUGAGAAAGUUGGAUCCAGUCAAAACACUAAAUGCUUACCAGGCAUGGUAUUAAAUCUAAAAAAGAGGGUUUCCUAUGUCGAUCAUCUUGGUUUUGAGUGUAGUGCUGCUGGUGGCAGGCUAGAGUGUACAAUGCAGAAUAUCGCAGAUAACUUUCUGAAUGCAGUUAACUCUAGGUGCAAUAAAGGCAUAGAAAGUGAACUUGACACAUUCAUUGUGUACAACAAAAGGAGAAGGGUUACUUCAUCAGCUAAAAGGAAAUGGAAACCAGAAGACAGAUCAUUGCACCAGACCCCAGAAGGCUCCCUUUUGGAUGUUAUGCGGAAUGCCUAUGAUCUUCUUAUGAGUUGUAAUAUAGAACUUCCUAAGAUCAAGGAUAACAGCAGCUACUUCCAUUCUGGACCUCCUUUUCUCAUUUUUCUUCAUCCCGCUUUAGGUCCACUUUGGGAGAUCACCCGGCAAAAGUUCUUUGGUGGCUUCAUUUCGGAAGGCUCUGAGUUACAAGUAGAGGUAGCAGAGUUUUUGUGGAGAGAUGUCAAGCUGGAUGGAAGCCUAAUUAUACUAGCUGAACAUAUUAUGGGAUCUACCAUGGUGAAUGAUAAUGGUGAAUCAGUAUUGCUCUAUGGCACCAGAUGCGGAAGAUGUAAAUUGCAAAGUGUUAAGGUUACAAAUAAAGGAAUCGAUUGGAGUUCUCCCAACAAUGUGUAUUGGAAGCAUGAUGUCAAGAGAUUUGAGACAUUGAAAAUCAUUCUGCAUGGAAAUGCAGAAUUUGAGGCAAAAGAUGUAGUCUUGCAGGGUAACCAUCAGUUUGAAGUUCCCGAUGGUUACAGAAUGUGUGUUUCUCAGGAUUCUGCAGGUUUUUCCGUUAAGGUAGACCCUAUUGCAGAUGAACUAAUGGAAAGCGGUAGCUGGUUCUGGAAAUAUAACAUGAACGGUAUGCAUAUCAACUUGGAAAUGGUAAAGCUAUAGCGACUAUAUCAACCAUCGUUGUAUUACUCAUUGAUCUUCGGCACCCACAUUCAUGUAUAGAGGCCGCCGCCUCCUCUCACCUUCAUAGUCAGCCAAAUGAUGGCAACCCUUGUAAUUUCGCUUUUACAUAGGUUGCUUGUUGUAUAAACACUAUAAUGUAUCAAGAGUAUUUGAUGCAUUGUAUUCUUUUCGAAUGUAUAAAACUAAUGUAAAAUUAAGCUGGAUGUAAUUGAUAAUUUUCUAGGAAUUUACA